AUGACAAGGGACGGAUCAAGUGAUGACGAUUUUUCUAUAAUACCGAUUGUUGGGAUGGAUGGGGUCGGCAAGACAACAUUUACUCACCUUAUUUACAAUGAUGGGGCAUGCAAAGGUUUUGAUCCAAAAGUCUGGGUUGAUCAAUCAUAUGAUGACGUUGAUGUAGCUAAUGAAACUCUAUUGAACAUGCGAAAGUGGUAUUUCAAGGAAUAUCAGCUCAAUGCUCAACUUACUUUAAGAAAAGAGUUCUCUCAAAAAAGAUUUUUUCUUGUUCUUGAAAAUGCCCAAAGCAAUAAUAUUGUUGAUAAUUGGAAAGGCCUGAAGUUUGCAUUUAUGUUUGGAGCACCAGGAAAUAAGGUCAUUGUGAUUACACGAGACUGA